AUUUCAGUCAAAAUAAAUUCCCAAUGCUUUAAUUUGUGCAGCCGUGCCAUUUGUCACCUGCGGGCCGUGCGGGUGCACCGCAGACCAUUCUCCGGGUGAACCGUUGUUUUCAGUGUGCGUCCGUUUCCUCACGCAGCGCCCUUUUUUUCGGUGAUCUACGCGCAGCAGCAGCAGAGCAGCAGCAACGCCGCGCGGCGGCCCCGAUCAGGAAGUGAAUCUGAAGAAAAUAAGCGACUGUGGAGGUAGAAUGACAUAGAGACGGGGUGGGGGGAGAGAGGUGGGAGAGAAUCGAGCGGAUAAAUAAAGGCGACUAUAUAAACGGAGGGAGGAAUCCGACCCUGUUUCUGGAUCCGUUUGGGAGCGGCGCCUGUCUGGGAUAUACCUCCACAGCACCGCUGAAAUAACACAAAGAUGCUCAUAAAGGAAUAUCGAGUGAUUCUUCCCAUCUCUGUGGAAGAGUACCAGGUGGGCCAGCUGUACUCUGUAGCUGAAGCCAGUAAGAAUGAGACGGGCGGAGGCGAAGGAGUAGAGGUGCUAAAAAAUGAACCCUAUGAGAAGGAUGGAGAGAAGGGCCAGUACACACACAAAAUUUACCAUUUGCAGAGUAAAGUGCCAUCAUUUGUCAGAAUGUUGGCUCCAUCUUCAGCUCUGAACAUCCAUGAGAAAGCCUGGAACGCAUACCCUUAUUGUCGUACAGUCAUCACUAAUGAGUAUAUGAAAGAUAACUUCCUGAUCAAGAUUGAGACGUGGCACAAACCUGACCUGGGACACCAGGAAAAUGUACACGGUUUGGAUGCAGAAACCUGGAAAAAGGUGGAUGUAGUCUAUAUUGAUAUUGCAGACAGAAGCCAGGUGGAGCCAAAGGACUACAAACCAGAGGAGGAUCCCUGCAAGUUCAAGUCAGCAAAGACAGGACGAGGUCCUCUAGGACCAGACUGGAAGAAGGAGCUUCCUAACAAGAAAGACUGCCCACACAUGUGUGCCUACAAACUGGUCACUGUCAAAUUCAAGUGGUGGGGUCUGCAGAAUAAAGUGGAGAACUUCAUCCAAAAGCAAGAGAAGCGCUUGUUCACAAAUUUCCACCGCCAACUGUUUUGCUGGAUUGAUAAGUGGAUUGAACUGAACAUGGACGAUAUUCGUCGCAUGGAGGAGGAGACUCGCAGGGAGCUAGAUGAAAUGAGAGUCAAGGAUCCUGUGAAAGGAAUGGUGGCUCUAGAGGACUGAGACUUUGUUGGACAUAAAUGCUGCCGCUCAUUAGAUUAGACCUGAAACCAGCGGGUUCACUCCUCCUUUUGUCUCAACUGAUAUGUCUGACUGGACGGUCCAAAUCCUACUUUCCGCAGUAGAUUUUGGUCUUCUCGGACCUGGACCCAGUACACUCCCAGUUUUCAGCUGAUCUCCUCUACGUUGUCUGUCUUUCCUUGUCUGAUUUUGUUUCGUUGUUUUUACUCAUUUGCUGUUUACACCUAGCUUAAACUUUUUAAGGCCCCCAGGAGCAUCAUUACUAAUAUUCUGAGUUACUUCGAUCUUUUUCUCUCAAUUUUGUUCUAAACUACAGAGAACAGUGAGAACACUGUCAUUCAUCUCUGCAACUAAGGACAUAUUUUAGACAAAAUAUCACAGUGGCACAUCAGUAUAGUAUAAUGCAGUCUGCUUCGAACCAGCCAAUAAGGUUUUAUCCCCAGUACCUGCCUUCCAGCUUCAAGGCGUUUGUCAAUUUUUUUGCUGCUUUGUGAGUUUGUGUGUGUGUGUAUGUGUGUGUGUGUGUAUGUGUGUGUGUGUGCACGCUUCUGUUGUGUGCCGGUGUGUGUUGAUAGGUCAUCAAAGUUUCCAGCCAGGUUUUUCUUCAAACACAUUAUUUCAAGCUCUGGAUGAACAUGCAGUAAUAUGAGGAUUAUGUCUAACUCUAUGAAUAUUUAGGUAGAAAUAGUCUAAAAACAUGCACAUAAAAUGUUAAUCACAGCUGACAGAGUAAAUGAAAAACAGCCAUAAAGGAUUUGAGGACAGAGAAAAAAAAGUUUUUCUUUUCAGAGCCUUUUUUUUUUUCUUGAUGUGUCAUUUCCAGUGGAUAAAUGGUCUUAUCCAGCAAAAGCAAUAACUAUCAUGACAUGUUGGGUCUCCUUUUUUAUCAUCACAAAUCUGUUUUAGUCCUUAGUUUGUUUCUGUUGUGAGGUCAGUUUUAGGAAAGCAGAGCCUGAGCUGAAUGUCAGGAGCUUAAGUGUAAGACUUUCUAUAGAGUGUUAUCUUGUUAUUUAUUUCAUUGUUCUUACUUAUUUCUCUAGAAUUAUGCUUAGGACUGAAUGAGUAACAAUUAGUGGUGUGACAGUUUGCAGAGACCUGAUGAAUGACUGGGUGAAGAAGUGAGGAACGGCUCACUCCACAUCAUUGUUCUCUGUUUUUAUCGUCUCCUUUGUCCUAUCUUAUUGUUCUUUUUCUCAUGUUAUAGAUUUCACACACUUUAUUAUGCCAUAUACUUUAACAGGAGAAUGUGCAAGAGAUCACAUUAAGGAGCCAAUCAAUUACAUUGAUUGAUUACAUUUGGAUCGCUACAAAAACUGCCACAAAAUUUGGAGGCAAUAAAAUUCAAAAUUAUAUUUAUUUUUGGAACUUUAUGUCCAACAAUUUCAAAGGCUUAAUUCUGGACACAUAUGAGGAGUUUAUAUAAAUAUUUAUUUGUAAUAAUAAACAAAAGGUUCAGUGGAAGGGCUUCCCAUUGGCCUUUAUUAGACAUAGACCACAUGAUGUCAUAGUUUGUUUAAAAAAACAAACAAACAAAAAAACAGGUUUAAUUUGUCAUUUUACAAAGUCUUACUGAUCCCUCUGUUGUAGAAACUGUGCUUAUGGGAAAGCUUGUUUGAAAUAAGGAUGAGUCAUCAUCACGUCAUCACUGACUUAAUUUUAAUCCUUAACUAGGUUUUAGGUCAGUUUGUUAAAUCUAGACAAAUUCAGUCAUUUUCUUUUAGUUUUGUUGUUUCACAGUAAACCCUGAAACUGAACUGAUCAUUUAAACAAUUUAACAAACAAUUUGUUAUAAAAUCAUUAGAGAGAACAACUAUUAUCUAAACUUUUUAGAAUCUUCUUUCAUUAUGCUAGAAGCCUUUUUUUUCACAGCACUGUAAUUCAAUAGGCCUACCAAGGGUCAAAAGUGACACAAUCCAAUGAACUAAUUGAUGAAUAAUUAUUUAUAUCAGUGAGACUUUGAAUAAAAUGUCAAUAAAUAUAUUCAAUAUUUAUAAAUAUGUUAUUUUGUUUUGUAUUUAUGUAAUGAUUUAUUAAACAAAUGUAUAAAAAAAACAACUAAUGAAAACCAGUGAAAAUCAACAGUUAUAUGUUGAAUAAAUGAUGUUCUCACAAGUCACACAGCUUAAUUACAGACCAAUCAUCUGUAACUACCAUCUGCAGGGCAGUUAGCCCCACCCACUUACCUUUACAGGUGAGGCCAAUAAAUUCUUGAUGACAUGCAAUAUGAGAUUAAAUACUGACAUAUUCAAGCAUCCUUUUAACAUGAUGAAUGGACAACUUAAGUAAUUAUUUCCUAAUUUAACAACGUAUUUGAUUAUUUGCUUAGAUUAUUUUCAAUAAAGUAUUUUGUGUUAAAUUAAUGGAUUUUAUUUCAUUUAAAUCACAUGUACAUAUGUUUUGUUUAACAUCUCUUUUAUGCAUUGACUUGUUGCACUUUUGGCCCUCAAUAGCCAAAUUGCUUCUCACUGUCGUUUACCUCCUCUGAAGAGAACAUGGAUGUCCCAUCCCUCCACGUCUGUGUCCAUCAUCUCUCUGUUUGGGUUUGUCAACUGGGUCAUGGAGAUUUGUGGAUGUACUGUGUGUACUGACUUUGUAAAUAGUAAAUAAAUUAAUGUAGAUGAACACACAUAUAUGGAUGAGACUGUCCUGCCAAGUGUGCACAACACCCUCUCAAGCACUCCUGAUCCAUUAUUCAAAAACCUCACAGACUCCUACAGAAACAUUUGAGUGUGAAAAUGUAGAGUUACAGUAGCUAAAAUUUAGUGCAGGUAAGAAAUUGUUUAGAUCGAUAUGGAAUGUUAUUUAUUUAGGGAAAAAUUUUUACAUAUAAAAAUUUAGCAGCAGCUAGGAGCUGAGCUUUGCUAUUUGUGUUCAGAGGAAAACAUUUGAAGCGAAGCAAGCACCUCGAUCACUGUCCCUCAGAGGGGACGUCUUCUCACUGGCAGGACAGUGUAUAAAUAUAUAUUUUUGUUCUGAAUGUUGUAGUACCUCUGUUGUCGGUCUCUGGAUUACACUCUCUUCUCUCAUUGAAAAGGUAAACGUUACUGUAGCGUGGGUCAGUGCGUUGAUCCACAUCGUGGCAAAAUCGUCGACGUGGAUCCCCAAUGCAUGUCGGAUUGUUGUGCUCCCGUUGUUAGUCAUGAAAGAUGAUUAUCCUACCUGGCCUUCAAUGGAAGCACAGAAGUACCCUAACAAGGAAUGUGGUUUCCAAACAGAUGCUAAGAUAAGAUUUUAAGAGCUCAAAGACACAAAAGUUAUGAGAGAACAUAUUUUAACAGAGACAAUCUAAUAUAUCUCUUUUUAGAUUCCUUGAUUUUUAAUUGGAGUAUGAAGAAACCAAAUGAUUCCAUAAUCCUGAACUGUUUUUAAAUCUCUCUGUCUCUCUUUUUCUCUCUCACUCCUGUUACCUUGUCUCCUGUUUUUUUUUUCUUUUAUUGUGAAUUUGUGCCUUUUCGUCAUCUUAUUCUCUAAUAACACUACUGUACAUCAGAGACAUAACGAAAUGAAUAAAGACUCAAAGUGACUAUACAAAUUUAGAGCAUGAUGU